GGCCAUGAGUGCUCAUCGUUCGAAUACGACGCACGGUCUCAGGAGUGCUCUAUUCACUCGGAGGACGGUCAGCCAUUCGGUGCCAGCGUUCUGACAAAGACAGACGGACCGAUCGCAUUUUUUCAGCAGAUGUGCGUGCAAGGUAAGGUGAUGCACUUGUGUUGCAACACGUACGGAUUUGACGAUAUCCACAAAGCCUGCUCAUCGGUAAUUCUCGCUGCUGGACUGUCGGAAUGCUUGUCAAAGUGUCUGACAGCCCCUGCUUCACUUCACACACAAUGUCGAUCAGCGAUGUUCUUCUACGAGACCGGCGAAUGCAUCAUAAACCGUGAGCGACGCAGUGACUGGCCAGAGCUGUUCAUCGAUGUCGUGCAGGACCAGCUGGUCGACUAUUUUGAAAACAAUUGCCAGGAUGUGCACUGUUUCAACGGACAACUGCACUGGAUUCGAACGGAAGAGUACUACAUAAACCACGAGAAAGACGUCAUCAUCGAGAGCAUGAGCAUUGAGAAUGUAAGGGCAGUUUGUGAGGAGUCUCGUUGUCUUGCGGAGUUUGGUUCAACAAGUGUGCACAACUGUUUGGCAGGAUGUCUGGAGGAUGGCGCCCACUGCGCUACGGCCGUGUUCAAUUACGAAAAGGAUCGCUGCUCACUGUCAGAGACAUCGCAGUUUUCACAUCCAGAACUCUUCGUGAAGGCCGAAAACGUGGACUACUUUGACAAAAUUUGCGAUCCAGUGGCAGCAGAGAAGCGUACUGAAUCGAUUGCAGAACGUGAUGUGGUUGUUGAAGGAGUGACAUCGAACUCGAUUGAAGACGAAGAGCAGCAAGACGACGACGAUCGCGUGGUGAGUUUGAGAAAGCAGUAUGCGCCACGACCUCCCCCCAUCUCCUUCCUGAUUAAUCUGCAACUCUAUUUAUUGACUGUCGUUUCUAGUCAGAUUAAUCUGCAACUCUAUUUAUUGACUGUCUUCAAUUUUCUACAAAAAUCCACCGUAGAAGGGCGAGCUCGACCCCGUCGAGUAAUCUCAAAGUCAAACGUUGUCGAACAAAAGGAGGCGCAAGCUGAAGGCGUUGUCAUCGACGACACUGCUGAAUUCCAGAGGGACCAGCAAACUCCUGUGAAAGCUAGGCUCACGACGGAGUGUCUCAUGUCUGGUGUGACCGUGAAAGUGGAACUUGCGUCGGAAACCUCGGGUGCCAUCUACAUCAAAGAAAACUUUGCCACCUGUCGCACAGAGUUUACGAACGCCACUGAAGUAGAGCUGCACAUACCAUUUCCGGAAAGCGACGAUCCUGAUCCAAGAUGUCCCGGCACUGAGAUUGCACCGUCCAUAUGGUCCUUCUCGGUUGUCAUACAGAAGAACGAGAUCAAUGCCCCGUCCUUGGUCACAUCGGUCGACCGAGUCUUCAACGUUACAUGUAACUACGUUGACCUUCUUGGACGAAUUCUUCCCCGUCUUCAGUCGGCGAAACUACUGAAGACGAAGCCUUCAAGAAUUGAGCUGGAAAUACUCCGAAAUGGGCGAGCGGUGACUACUGUUCCACUUGGUGACGAGGUCGAGCUGCGAUGGAGAAUAUUGGAGCAGUCACCUGGUCAUGGCUACUUUGUGGAUAGCUGCAUUGCCGAACGAGUUGGAGGCGCCCCUCCACAUCCUGAACCACUCAAUAUCAUUAAGCGAGGGUGUCCUGAUGAGAAAAUCAACAAUCGCCUCAUCAAAUCGCCGAUCGUACGCGAACCCGACGGAUUCUCCACAAAAAUGAAG